UUGUUCGGUGGUUCCCUUUGCAUUAAUUCCUGCGGGACAGAUUUAUUUUCUACUUUAUAAAUCAAUAGAAACCAAAUAGUAAGUAGAUAGGAAAAAUGAAAUCAGCGAAGGAGAAGAUCAGCAAUAUGGCCAGUGCUGCCAAAGAGCACAUAACCAUCUGCAGAGCUAAAGUUGACGAAAAGGUAGAGAAAGCGGCAGCUCGGACACCGGAGCAAAAACAGAUAGCAAAGGAGCGUAGGAAGGCAAGAGAAGCGCAGGCCAAGAUGGAGUUGCAUCAAGCCAAAGCCAAGCAUGCUGCUCAGAAGUCGAGACACCACCACCCACCUACGGUAGGCACCCAUUAUGGCCCUACCCAGCCUGUGGUUGGAACCCAAGUAAACAAUCCCGUGGGAAGCACGGCUACCAUGGCUGGAACCACUGUGCCUUCGUACCCUUUAGGAGGGCAUCCUCCUGGAUAUAAGUAUAUGUAAACAACAGCAGUGGCUGCUUUGUAUGAAUUGAAUUGUUGCGUGAUGAUAUUGUCUCUAUAUCACUUGUACGUAUUAUAAGGCUUGUGUGUCAUUUAUGAUUAUCGUCUA